AUGUCUGCAGGCAACCGCACCGACUGGGGGUCAGCAGCCGGGCCGGAGGUCUGGGCGGGAUCAGGAGUAGAGGUGGAGGGUUCAGAGUUACCCACCUUCUCGGCCGCAGCCAAGGUCCGAGUGGGAGCGACCAUUGUGCUGUUUGUUUCCUCGGCUGGAGGAAACCUGGCCGUGCUGUGGUCAGUGACCCGGCCGCGACCCAGCCAGACCCGUCCCUCUCCGGUCCGGCGACUCUUCGCCCAUUUAGCGGCUGCCGACCUACUAGUCACUUUCGUGGUAAUGCCUCUAGAUGCCACCUGGAACAUUACAGUCCAGUGGUUGGCAGGGGACAUUGCCUGUCGGACACUCAUGUUCCUAAAACUAAUGGCCAUGUACGCCGCCGCUUUCUUGCCCGUAGUUAUCGGGCUUGACCGCCAGGCGGCAGUACUCAAUCCGCUGGGACCCCGCUCUGGUGGAAGGAAGCUUCUGGGGGCAGCUUGGGGACUUAGUUUCCUGUUGGCCGUGCCCCAGCUGUUCCUGUUCCACACUGUCCAGCGAGCUGGCCCAGUCCCCUUCACUCAGUGUGUCACCAAAGGGAGCUUCAAGGCUCAAUGGCAAGAGACCACCUAUAACCUCUUCACCUUCUGCUGCCUCUUUCUGCUGCCACUGACCGUCAUGGCCAUCUGCUAUAGCCGUAUUGUCCUCAGUGUGUCCAGUACCCAGACCACAAAGGCAAGUCAUGCCCCCGAUGGUGAAUUUGCCCUCCGCCGCAGCUUUGACACUCGUCCUCGUGUUCGUCUUCGGGCCCUGCGACUGGCCCUACUAGUCUUGCUGACCUUCACCCUCUGCUGGACACCUUAUUACCUACUGGGUCUGUGGUACUGGUUCUCCCCCACCAUGCUAAGUGAAGUCCCUCCCAGCCUCAGCCACAUCCUUUUCCUCUUUGGCCUCCUAAAUGCUCCUUUGGAUCCUCUCCUCUAUGGGGCCUUUACCCUUGGCUGCCAAAAAGGACGCCACCAACCAAGAAUAGACUCCUCCAAGGAAGGAGGGUCCGGAAGAAUGCCAGAUCAAGCCCUCACACAGCUAGAAGUACAAGCAAAUGUGAUAUCAAAAGAGGAAGAAGCAAAAGAGACAUUCUUAUAGCAGUCCAUCAGCUCCCGAUAGAGUAUACAGGAACAGAAUUAUUCUCUGAUACUCCAAGAAUAU